UGUCACUGUCACAUUUCUGUCAAACAACAAAACAAUCGUCUUACGAUUUAUAAACUGCUUUUGCAUCAAUUUUUAGCUGUUUUAUUUAUGUUUCAUUGUUUUAAAUGUAGUUUCUUGUACAUUUUGUGUUAUCAGACGUAAAGGACCAAGGCAGUAAAAAAGUGAUUGUUUAAAAAUGUCAACAUUCACAGGUUUUAGUGAGGAAGAUUUAAAGAGAAUUAAAUCAGCGGAAUCUUUCAAGAGUAGCGGUAUAAUAGAUCCUGAUUUUGAUUUAAGUAAUGUACGUAAGAUUGAGAAAAUAGGUGCAAAACCGAAAAAAGGUAUAAUUAAAAACAUAUCACCAAUCUUACGUAAACAAGAUUCAGAUGAUGCUAUUGACAGCAUAGAAUUUAGUAAAUGCAAACUAAGUAUAAAGACACCAACAACACCUUCAGAACACACUCUUAGUAACAUUGAUGAUAAAGAAGAAAUGAUUGAGGAUAUAAAGAAGAAUGAUACAGAUGGAGAAAAUGAAGAAUCUAAUAGUUUAUCAGGAGAAGAGAUUGAGAACAGUUUAGAUAGAAGAGAUAGUAUUGUGACACCGGAUAUAGUGAGAGGUGUUGAGAAUUAUUCAGAGGAUGAAUUGGCAGCACAUAGAGUGAAACUUCAAGAGCUGCAACUGAAACAGAAAUUGAUGGAAGAACAAAACAAGAAGAGAAAAGAGAUGCUAGCAAAAGCGCUAGCAGACAGGACAAGACAAACAGAAGAGGAAGUGCUAAGGCUGGAGAAAAUAAAAAAAGAGCUACAAGUAUUAGAUGGACAGUUCUCGCAUGAUGUGGCUUUGUUAAGAAAGAAGAUUGAUCAAGCCUGUUUAAGUUACUCUGAAGCAGAAAAACAAUAUUUGAAAGUGGAAAAGGAGUUUCUUCAAGCGAAAAUUAAUUUGCAAAAGGAAAAAGAGAAGAAAGAAUUACUUACAGAACAUUUGUGUGCUUUGAUCACACACAAUGAAACGAGAAAAGCGCAAAAAUUGGAAACUUUAAUGUUGGAGCUUGCAACGGAUAAGAAAAUUAUUGUCAGUGAGACUGAACCGAAUCCUGAACCACAUAUAGAAGAUAAAAAACCAGUUAUUGUGGAUGGUAUCGAUGAGAGAAAUGGUAAAAUGAUAGAAAUAACAAACGAUAGUUGAUUUUAAAAUAAAAUUUAUUUAUAACAAAUUCUCUAACAUUAGUGUCAUUACUAUCUAUGAAUGUUGCCAGUAUCGAAAUAUUUAAUUAUUAAAUAACUUCCAAAUAUGU